AUGUUAAUACCUGACAUUUUGGAAAGGCCUAAGUUUAGCUAUAGGAAAAUGGCAGAAGUGGUUAGGAAAGACUAUGGUCUCAAGGUAAGUCUUGGGCAGUGUAGAAAUGCCAAGUACUUUGCACUAGAUGAGAUUUCAGGCAAUUUGGUAAGCCAUUAUGAGAAAUUGUGGAAUUAUGGUGCUGAGUUAUUGAGGGUUAAUCCUGGGUCAAUAGUCUUGAUCGAGACAAAUCAUACGCCUGAUGCUACACACUACGUCAAAAGGAUGUAUAUUUGCCUGAAGUCUAUCAAGGAUGGCUGGAUUGAAGGAUGUAGAAGGGUUAUCGGUGUUGAUGGUUGUUGUUUUUUGAAGGGUAUUUGUAGAGGUGAGUUGUUAACAGCCAUUGGUAGGGACGCAAACAACCAAAUAUAUCCUCUAGCAUGGGCUGUUGUGCCAGUUGAAAACAAGGAAACUUGGAUGUGGUUCUGUGAUCUUCUACUUGAGGACAUUGAGAUGGGAGAUGGUAGGGGUCUUACAAUUAUUUCAGACCAACACAAGGGUUUAAUGGAGGCUGUUAAGGAAAGGGCACCAUCAUGUGAGCAUAGGAAUUGUGCCCGACACAUCUAUGCCAACUUUAAGAAGAAGGGGUUCACGGGUGUUGAGUUUAGGAGCAAUUGUAGAGGCCCGGAAGAAACCAAUAAUAACAAUGCUGGAAGAAAUCAGAUUGUACGUGAUGGAGAGGAUGUACAAUCAAAAGAUAAGGGGCAUAAGUGGGACAUGGAAAUCUGCCCCUCUAUUAGAAAGAGGAUUGAGAAGAUGAAAGAAGAACAAAGGUACUGGGAUGUUAUUCCAAGUGGCGAGGAAGAAUAUGAAGUAAAAUUAGCCCAUGAAGUUUAUGUUGUUCACCUUGAAAGCAAAACUUGUGGUUGCAGAGCCUGGCAACUCAGUGGUAUUCCUUGUAUGCAUGCCAUUGCUGCUAUAUUAUACCUGAAUGGAAAUGCAGAGGACUAUGUAGCCGUAUGGUUUAAAACAAGCAUGUUUGGAAGUUGCUAUAGGUAUCCAGUCAAACCAAUAAAUGGAGCUAACAUGUGGCCUGAUGUUCUAUUUGAUCCCAUAUUACCACCUCGGCGUAGGAGAAUGCCAGGAAGGCCCAAAGUAAUUGUCAUCAAGAAGGACACAACAAGAGGCGAUGUCCAUUGCUCAAAGAAGGUUCCAAAUAAAGCAACUGUUAGUGAAGGGGAUGUUGAAGAAGGGGUUAGUCAAGAUGGGAUUAGUGAAGAUGGGGUCAAUGAAGAUGGGGUCAACGAAGAUGGGGUUAGUGAAGAUGGAAUUGGUGAAGAAGAGGCUGUUGAAGAAGGCGAUAUUGAAGACCACCAGGAGGAUGAAAUUGAACAACAAGAGGAUGAGAUUGACCAUCAAGAAAAUCAUCACCAUCAGCAUCAACCUGUUUUUUUUUUUAGCAUUUUGUUGCGAACAAAAGGCGAUUACCUUCUGAGAGGAUCACGAAACUGA